GGUGAUGACAAGUAUUGACAACCUCAACCCUCUCUCUCUAUCUCUCUGUUUUUCUCCCACCGAAAUCUCGGACACAAUUUGCUAAACUCAAGGCCAACAAUAUACACACGAACAUCACAACGCCCACCAACCCUUCUCAUCGUAACUCCUGUUCUUCUUGUUCUUCCAUUAAUAUUUAAAGGGUUUUUUUUUUUUUCUUUUUUGUAAUUUAACUAAUCCAAGCUUCAAGGAAGACAAGCAGCUAGCUCCGAUACCGGACCCAGAUUCGACACUGCCGGAGUCGGACCCAUCCGCCCGUCUGAAUCUCUCUCUCUCGUGUUUUUGUUGCUUCGGAGAGAGGGAGUCUGCAGCAUUCCGGCAACAAGUUGUUCUACGUAGGAACACAAAUUGGACGACUUUGUGAAGACAUCGUUGUGGUUGGACUUGUAUGAUCUAAAAGAGCUGCGAUGGGUGGUUGCGUGUCAACCCCGUCCAGAACAAUUAAAUCACGGAAGAAACACCGUCAGAGAGUCAGCAAACGCCAUGGAAACAUAACCUGCUCUGCUUCCGAUGGUACCAGGAAAAGAAAUAGCGGUGCCAAGAAGAGAAACAGCGAUGCAGGAGCUCGCGUAACUGAUUAUUCUGUGAGCGAGUUUGUUCAUAUGGACUUUGAGAAUGGCGCAACAACUACUCGCAGAAGAUCUAAGGUUUCUAGUUCAACGUUCCAACUCACCCAAAUGCAGUGGCACCACCAAUAUGAUUCAAAUGUAAUAUCCCAAGAGGAAGCUUGGUUCGAUUCAGUGAGUAUUCUGGAGUCUGACUCGGAUGAUGAAUUUAUCAGUAUACACGGAGAUGGUUUUCCAUUAGGAGGCAACCCAAUUGGGAAUAUCUCAGGUGGCCAAGUAGUUCAGUACGAAAGAUCCGCACGCUUUGUGGAUAACGGGUGUAAGUAUGAAGAAUACCAAAGCUAUACAAAAAUAGAUGGAGGUAUAUCAGAUAAGUUCAUGGGGAAGGCUGACGAACUGCGUAGCAAGAGGAAGAAUAUUCAGGAUCAUUCUUAUGGAAGCUUUAAAGGACUUAGAGAGGAUCGACGUGAUUCUAAUGAAAAAAUUCAAGACAGUAUGCUUAAAUCUGGCUUGCCACGAUUGGUACCUUCUGUAAGUUUCAACGAUAAGAUUUUAAGUGCGCAGAGUUUGGGUCCACAGGCACAAAGAAAGCCAUCAGCAGUUUUCAGGCUUUCUUUUAAGAGGAGAUCGUGUGAUGCAGACGAAACCAUUGAACAAUGUCAAUCAAGAAGGUUUCUGUAUCGUCCUAGACCAGGAUAUAUCAUUCCAUGUUGUAGAGUGGAAAAGCUGACUUCAGGAUCUUGGUCUGAGAUUCCACCCUCAACUUUUAAACUCCGUGGCGAGAACUAUUUCAAGGAUAAACGAAAGUCACCUGCUCCAAACUACAGUCCAUAUACUCCAAUAGGUGUUGAUCUAUUUGUAUGCCCCAAGAAGAUACAUCACAUUGCCCAGCAUCUUGAGCUUCCCAAAGUAAAAGCCGAUGGAAAAGUGCCUCCGCUCCUCAUUGUAAAUAUACAGUUGCCUACUUAUCCCGCUGCAAUGUUCCUUGGUGAUAGUGAUGGAGAAGGAAUGAGUCUCGUAAUGUAUUUCAAAGUUUCUGAGAAUUUUGAGAAAGACAUCUCUCCUCAAUUCCAGGACAGCAUCAAGAAAUUGGUUGACGAUGAAACGGAAAAGGUUAAAGGAUUUGCGAAGGACUCCAUUGUACCUUUUAGAGAAAGGCUAAAGAUCAUGGCUGGGUUGGUUAAUCCUGAGGAUCUCGGUCUGAGUUCUGCUGAAAAGAAGCUUGUAAAUGCAUAUAACGAAAAACCAGUUCUUUCGCGUCCUCAGCACAAUUUUUAUAAGGGUCCUAAUUACCUUGAGAUCGAUCUGGACAUUCAUCGCUUCAGCUACAUAUCGAGGAAGGGUCUCGAAUCUUUUAGAGAACGUCUGAAAAACGGAAUGCUGGACAUGGGUUUAACCAUCCAGGCACAGAAACAGGAAGAACUGCCGGAGGAAGUGCUCUGUUGUAUGAGGCUGAACAAGAUUGAUUUUGUUGAUCACGGCCAAAUACCGAGUCUUGUGACCAUUGACGAUGAAUGACAUAGAGGAUGAGAUGCAGGGCACGCCAUCUAGACUUACCGAUAUACACACAUUAGUGGCGAAAUUGGUGAUCGAGAUGUUCGUUUGUAGUAGCGUUUCAAUAAUCGCGAUUAAUUAGCGUUAAAAUACAUAUAUACUGGUGAGUCUUGUAUAACUCUGUAGCUUGUAUGUAUUAGCAUUAGCUUGAUAAAACUAGUUUAGGAGUUAGGAUUUAUUAGGACUAAGGUUUAAUAUUCGGAUUACUUUGGAUACCAGAGCAACAAUGUGUUUGCAAUUACUUCUUCUCCUUCGAGUCCCUUUUAUAUCACAAGUUCACAACUUAGAUGGAA